GGGGGCGGGGUCACGGGCUGUCAGUCAGCGGGCGGGCGGCGCGGGUCUGGUGCAGAGCUGCCGACAUGGCGGCGAGCGGGACGUGUACCCGCUUCUCGGAUGAAUUCCAGAUCUGUGAGGAGCUCGGCAAAGGUGCUUUCUCCACCGUCCGCAGAUGUGUCAAACUAUCGACAGGGCAGGAAUAUGCAGCGAAAAUGAUCAACACGAAAAAGCUCCCCGCCAGAGAUCACCAGAAGUUGGAGCGGGAAGCUCGAAUAUGUCGACUGUUGAAGCACUCCAACAUCGUUCGUCUCCAUGACAGCAUAUCAGAAGAAGGAUACCACUAUCUCGUGUUCGACUUGGUGACUGGAGGUGAAUUAUUUGAAGACAUUGUCGCCAGAGAGUACUACAGUGAAGCUGACGCAAGUCACUGUAUCCAUCAGAUUCUAGACAGUGUAAGUCACAUUCACCACCAUGACAUUGUACACAGGGACCUGAAGCCGGAGAAUUUACUCCUAGCCAGUAAGUGCAAAGGGGCGGCCGUGAAGCUGGCCGACUUCGGACUGGCCAUCGAGGUGCAAGGAGAGCAGCAAGCAUGGUUUGGUUUUGCAGGGACCCCUGGAUAUCUCUCUCCGGAGGUACUUCGCAAGGAAGCCUAUGGCAAACCGGUGGACAUCUGGGCCUGUGGAGUUAUUCUCUACAUCUUGCUGGUGGGCUACCCUCCCUUCUGGGAUGAAGACCAGCAGAAACUCUACCAGCAGAUCAAGGCCGGAGCUUACGAUUUUCCUUCCCCUGAGUGGGAUACCGUUACACCAGAGGCCAAGAAUCUCAUCAACCAGAUGCUGACCAUCAAUCCUGCCAAGCGUAUUACUGCCACCGAGGCUCUGAAACACCCAUGGGUCUGCCAACGAUCCACCGUCGCGUCUAUGAUGCAUCGCCAAGAGACCGUGGAGUGUUUGAAGAAGUUCAAUGCCCGUCGAAAACUGAAGGGUGCAAUCCUCACCACCAUGCUGGCUACGCGAAACUUCUCAGUGGGCAGGCAGACCACUGCGCCGGCCACUAUGACGGCCGCUGCCAGCGCCUCCGUGGGUCUCGUUGAACAAGGUAGACGUGUGCGGGCCGACACUGCAGCCAAAAGUUUACUAAACAAGAAGGUUGACGGAGUGAAGAGAAGUAUAACGUUAACACACAACACAGCAUCAAACCCAUUUGGAAGUACAGAGAGAAUCAUAAAGAAAAGGAAGUCGAGCUCCAGUGUUCAAUUAAUGCCUCAGACAAACAGCACCAAAAACAACGUAGUAACCAGUCCCAAAGGAAACAUUCCCUGCCCUGCACUGGAGCCACAAACUACUGUCAUCCAUAACCCUGUGGAUGGGAUCAAGGAGUCUUCGGACAGCAGUAACACAACCAUCGAAGACGAAGAUGUGAAAGCCAAGGGCGCUGAGAGCAGUGCUGUGAGGAAGCUGUCUAGUGCUGUGCCUUUGUCCGAGGCACCUCAGUCUGCACACCCUCCGCCUCCCGUACUCUCUGCAAAGUUCUCAGAUGUUCUUAGCAGUGUGCGGAGAGAGUCAGGCAACCUCCCCGACUAUGAAGGUCCCCCAAGCACAGCCACACAGCCACAGACGCCUCCUCUCACCCCCUCGUCCGUGCCCACGGCAAAGUUUACAGAUGUUUUAAAGAGUGUCCGCAGAGGGUCGGCUCCCAACCCUGAACCCGAGGGCAACCGGCCUGUGCAAACACUGCCUCUCAACCCCUUCACCUCCAUCCCCUUGGCUAAAGGACUGGACCGAGUAAAUGUAAAGAGUCAAUCCAAUUAUUCCAAGAGACCCCUCAGUUCACCUCCUCCGACACAGACUCGCAAGCAAGAAAUCAUCAAGUUAACUGAGCAGCUUAUCGAGGCAAUUAAUAAUGGGGACUUUGAAGCAUAUGCGAAAAUCUGCGACCCUGGACUGACGUCGUUUGAGCCUGAAGCGCUCGGCAAUCUUGUUGAAGGAAUGGACUUCCACAGGUUUUACUUUGAGAACUUGUUAUUCAAAAACAACAAACCCAUCCACACCACCAUCUUGAACCCGCACGUCCACUUGAUUGGGGAGGAUGCGGCCUGCAUUGCCUACAUCCGCCUCACCCAGUACAUCGACCUGCAGGGGAGGCCACGGACCACCCAGUCUGAGGAGACCAGGGUGUGGCACCGUCGCGACAGCAAGUGGCAGAAUGUCCACUUCCACUGCUCAGGGGCCCCAGCAUCACCACUCCAGUGAAGAUCUGAAGAAGUGAGCAGAUUUGUUGACCGAGCAGAGCGAUGUGACUGAGCCGUAAGCUGGUGGCCUCUGAAGACCAGCAGUGACAUGCAUGUGUCCGCAUGCACAUUAUGCACCUGGUGGCUGCAUAAUUGUCACGUUCGUGGAACUAUAUGGUGUUUCUUUCAGCUGUCUCAAGAUGCAGACAUUAAGAAAAAAAAACAACAAAAAAAUGUUACAAAAAAGGCUACUGUAUCUGUACUUUAUAUAAUUCAUAUUUGAUGGCAGUGAUUUGUACAAUUCAUUCAAAACAUUUGCCAAAGCAUGAAUGUUCAAAUUUAAUGGUGAUUAUCCUAAUGUUGGAGGGUUAGUGUUCCAUUUUACAUUUUCUCGUACACUAAAGAUGUGUCACUUGUUCUUACGGAAGCAUAGAUUUUGAUGUAGUUAUGCUUGCUGCAAUGGAGCUCACUCAGCAGGGCAGCCGUGAGCAUGGUCCUGUCUCUUCCGCUGGCAUUUGUGCCUGGUUUUCGGCAGAAGGCGGCCGGCUAAAUCCAAGCGCCGCUUGUUGGCUCAUUCACACCGGCACCGCGGCUAAUUUCCACCGCAAAGGGGAACCCCCCAUGACUUCUGCCAUCGCCACAGAGUGACGGAAAAUCGCCCCUGUGCGAUUUCAGUACAUGAAGUAACACCGACACACCUGAUUUAUAAUUUCUUCUGCCUUUUGUGUGUGUGUGCGUGUGUGUGUGUGCGUGUGCGCGUGCGUGUAUUGAUAAAGUUAGCUCAAGUUAUGGAUUUUUCUCUCGUUUUUGUGUGAAACGCGUUUAUUUGAUAUAAUAAAGUUGAAAGUAAAAUAAAGUAACAAGGUAGCAGGGACAUCGGGUAAGAUAUGCGAAAAAGGAAACAAUUCGGUAGAAUUCCUCCCAGAUUAUAUUCAUUUAAGAAGUGAAUGAGUUAACUAUAUCAUAAUUAAAGUAGCAAGAUGAAAUACACAGUUCUUUACUGCCUCCUACUGUGCGACCAGCUCUAGAGUUUGGGACACCUGUUGCCAUCUAUUAACUGUAUAUGCAUUUUUACAGAGUUGAUGCAUGUUAUAUAUUUAUAGCCAAUACUUUUGUGUUUAAAUGCCAUAUGGGUUCAGAUGCUGUACCGAGUUUUACUGCUUUUAAUUGCACAUUCUUGGAAGCGUGUAGUGACACAAUGUGAUGCCUGAACAGCCUCGUAGAGAUCACUCUGUCCUUUCUUCAUUACGCUUGUGUAGGAGAUAGUUUAACUGAAACGGAUUUUUUUGCAUGACAUAAUGAACCCAGUUAGUUUCUGGAAAUGAUAGCCUGUCGACCGACCUCUUUGUCUCUCCUCUCCGGGCUUUGUAACGGCAGCCUCUUUUGUCUGAUGAUGUGUUAUGGAAACCUGGUCUGCAUGCAUUCUACUGACCACUUUAACCACCUGUGCAGGGGCUGAGAAAACGCAGUGAGAGGACUGCUCCUUAGUGUUUUUAGUGGAUGUUUUAACGUAGACAGCUAGAGGUCUUAAUUGUAAUCAGCUGUGUGUGUGGAUCAUAUUUUUUUAUUUUUUUUUAAACAACGGCUAUGGAACCCAUGAAUUAGAUGAGUUUCACCUCAUUUUAUGCCACGCCUGGCGUGAAGUGUGGAAAAGUUGAUUUUCUGGAGAUAUUUUUACGGUUGAAAAUGAUGGAUUAUAUUUGCUUUUUACACAGCAACUUGCCUGAAUAUGAAAUGUGAUUUCUUCUUAAUUAGUCACGUUCUCUGCAACUGCAAUUCUGUUGGGUCCGGUUUAUAUGAGAACAAAAAUACAUCAUGUUACAGGAUGUGGUCUGUGUGUUCCACCCUUACAUUUAAAAAUUGUUGAUAUGUUAGAAAUAAAACGACUCUAUGAC